AUGACAUCAAUACAGUUACUAAUAUUUCUCGUAUUAUUUAUGAUACCUGAUACUGGCUUUUCUUUAUAUUAUUCUAGCGAUCGAUUGGGAUCAAAUUCUACAUUCGAUUGUUUGUACGCUUAUAUACUUGACUAUACUACUGAUCAAAAUGCACUUUUUACUAUUAAUUCUAAUUUAAUUCCUUAUUGUCGACGACUUGAUCAAAAUGAUGAACAACAACAACAAUUAUCUGUCACAUCGUAUACGCAUGUAGAAAAUAAUAUUACUUUUGCUGAUAUGUAUCAAAGAGAUGUGACGAGUGCACAAUUACUUAAUUGGUUAGCACCAAUUGAUGUUGUAGAGCGGUAUGAAAAACAUGGUAGAAAUUCAAAUGAAAUAUUUCACAAUUGCUCAUUACCUUGGUUUGGUUCUACGUGUCAGUACAGAUUAGAGAAUAGUAUACCAUCAUCAUUUAGCAAUGUUGUUCGGUUUAUUUUAAAACAACGCUCUAACAAACCUGUAGCGACAGACUCGAAUAUCCGUACAUGCUAUCCAUUUUUAAAUGGUUGUUAUCGCGAAGAUGAACAGACGUGUCAAAUAUUAGAAGUGAAUGCAUGUUCUGACAAUGAAUAUCGAUGUCAUUUCGGUGGACAAUGCAUUCCAUCAGCGUUUGUUCGUGAUGGAAAGAUUGGUACAGAUUGUCUUGAUGGUAGUGAUGAAAUGGAUAUAUAUUACGAAUUUCCCUUUGCCGAAGAUAGAUGCGUUGCCAGUCCAACAUUUCGAUGUGAAGAAUAUAAAAGUCGACGUCCUUUCAAUUUUUCAUGUGGUGAUGGUGACAUUUACGAACACAUGAUACCUCACUUGAAAUAUUCGUGCUUUAAUGGUCUAGAUCUCAUUCUACGAUGUUCGACAAUUGGCGCAGAUCAAGUAUGUUCACAUUCCUCUUUAUUUCACUGUCCACGUUCGUUGAAAUGCAUUUCAAAACAUCGACUAAAUGAUGGUGAAAAUGAUUGUUACUUUGCUGAAGAUGAAAUGUAUCCUGCUUGUUCACUCAAUGAUUCAUGGCGUUUUACUUGCCCAUCAGAAAGGAAUAAAUGUUUAUCUAUUAUUGCUAUCGAAAAUGAAAAACAAUAUUGUCGCAAUGGUGAAGAUGAAUGGAACGAUUAUCAACGUGAGAUAUUGAAAGGAAACAUCCCAUUUGGACUUUUUUGUGAUGGCAUCAAUGAUUUGAAGUGGGCAAAUAUGUCUAAUGAUACCGAUGAAACUCAUUGUGAAUGGUGGCCAUGUAAUAAUGAAUACUUUCAAUGUAAUAAUCUGUGA